AAAUGAGGAAAGGUUGCCGGCCGGUAUAGACGUGUCAGUUUCCUUUGAGCACCACAUUUCGAAAAAUUUUAAAAUAAAAAACGAAAAGAAAAUUCACAGUGUUUGGUGAAUGAUUUUUGAGUUUCUCAAUUAAAAUAAACACAGACUUUGAACUUUCGCGAUAAGACUGUGAAUCACUAUCACCAUUGCCAGUGUGGAUUACAUUAUUUGGAUUUUUGCCAAAAGAAAAGUUAUGGAAAUUUAUUGCAAAAUUCCAUUAGUGACUCAAGUGAUUAUUGAAUGACAAUUUUCAGCGCGAUUUCUGUUGAAAACAUCUGUGACAAGGAUUUUCAUAUCAUUUUCAUACUAGCAGCUUAAAACUGAGGAAUCGCUGAAAUGCUCAAGUGGACAGUUACGAAGAGGUCGGAGAAUGGUUCAGCAGAUUCAACAAGGGGUGAUACACGGCGGUCCCUUGGUGUUUUACCAUCUGCAUCAGCACAGUUAAAUCGUGAGAAUCGACGUCGGUCGUUGGGUGUGACGAGCACAGCAAUCAAGAGACAUCCACAACGGGACAAGGAAAAUCACUUUCAGGGUACACCACACCAUCCACGUGAUUCCUUUGGACCAUCAUCGGCACUACGGGAUGUCAGCAAUAUAACUCCCACAUCCACACCAACUCGAUCCGCCACAGUGGUCAGUGGGAGUAGAAAGAGGCCAUUGGUUGGGGCAAAUCCUCCGAGUUUUCGACCGCCACAGUAUGCAUCCACACUGCCUACCUUCGACAUUGAAUACUCCCCGUGCAACCUCAAGGCUGAGCCUUUCGUCUCCUCGCGGGACAUUGAAGUUACGGACAUGUUUAAUGAUAAUCCGAGAUAUCUCCCUGAUGACCCACCCCCGCGCAAAAGAGCCAAGGUGUGGAAAAAAAGUCCCUCAGAACCAUGUCUGACACCCCUAUCGCAUCGCCUCAAUGAGUUGCGAUUUAGCAAAAUGAGCUUCCGUCCCGAGCAGAAGAGAAAGGUACCCUCACCUCAUGAAUCCUCCUUGAGUCCAUCUACAAUGGGUGAUGUCACACUCGAUCGGAUGAUUGAUGCGAUUCUGGAGAGUACGAAGAAAGAUAAGUGGACUCCACUCAAUAGGCGAACAUCAACGUUCAAGAAUAAGGACAAACCCGCUGAUUUGCGAAUACAUUUCGCCAAGUUUCGCGAACAACAAAGUGUCUCGCCAACCUACACUCCAGCUGAAGAUCCUGCCAAUGAUCUGCAGGAAUUCAAAUCGAACAUCUUCAUUUCACCGGAGAAAUUUCUCCAAGCUGGCGAUCGAACGAUUAUCCUCGAGGAGAGUACAGUACUCAAUGAACGUGAAGUCAAAACCCCAGACUCAAGAGAGGAUCCCAAGGAUAAUUGCUGCCUACGUCGGCAGAAGGCUGUGAGGCGAAAACACCACAAGAGCGAUGUCGAUAGAGUUACCAAAGAAAAUCGCGAAAAACGUCGAUGCCUCAUAGGAUUAAGCCUUCCAAAUGGUAUACCCAGCCCUGAGACUCCUAUCAAUUUUGCCAAUUUUCCUGCAACAACGGAGUCAGAAAAGGUGCGACGACGACGGAGUAUUGAUGUUUUGGCUGCAAUGGAUACACCAGAGGGAUUUGCAAUUAUUGUGGACUCAGAUCCGAAAGAUGUUGGGAGACAGCAGGGAGUUGCAAAGGAAUUCUUGGACGAUGAUACGUCCGGAAUAAAAAGCAAUGAAUUACGUGCCAGUUCAACACCAACAGGUGCUUCAGUAUCUCUCUCUGGGGGCCUCAGUAGACGCUGUUUAACAUUUUCACCUGAAUUUGAAGAUGAAUCCUUGGAGAAGAGACGCUCAGUGGCAUCAUCGACCAAUUCACGCUAUGGACGCAAUAUUUCUGGAUCCCUGGACUUGGCUAUUUUCAUUGAAGAUGAGAAUAAGUUGAACAUUCACGUUAUUCGAUGCCGUGAUUUGCAGAGGGCCAAUGGCAGAUCUGUUAAUGCUUAUGUUAAGAUAUCUGUUGUACCCACGGAUCCACCCGAAGAUAAGGAUACGGGAUUCCAGAGAACAGCCGUUCAUCGAAACUCUAGUCGUCCAUAUUUCGAUCAUCGUUUCACCUUUGACCUAAAAGACGCCGAUUACGCGAAGCGAAUCCAAUUGUCUGUGUGGCACCGUGACCGAGAAAACAAACGCAGCGAAUUUCUGGGAUGUUUAUCAUUUCCAGUUAGGAAUGUUACUAAAAAGGCAAUUAAUGGGUCAUACAAAUUGCAAUCCCAGUCGUGUUUGACUAAUCCGGUGUCUGCUGUUGUCAUGGGUGAGAACUCCCAGUCGAGUGUGGACGAAGUGAUUAGCCUGGAGGAUGUGGGUGGUGACCAUGGUUCCCACUCAACAAUUGCAUUCAGCAAGAAGGCGCUCCAUCAGCGUGAUGCUGAUGAGAAUUUAUUCUUGCGCUUCCUGGAAUUGGACCCUCCGGGUGAUGCCACAGUGGCGAAUCGUCGGCAAUCCACGACGAAGCCAUCCAACGGUCGGACACCAUUCACGAUAACGAAGAAACUAACGCGUACCGGCGAAAGUCGUGGAUUUGGUUUCUCAAUUGUGUGGACACAUCCACCGCGUGUUGAGAAAGUGGAGUCGGGUCAGUGUGCCGAACGGGCGGGUAUCUGGCCCGGCGACUAUGUGAUCUUUGUCGAUAAACAUAACGUAGUGACGAUGCCAGAAGUAGAUAUUCUUAAUUUAAUACGCUCCCAGGGUAAUAGUUUAACGUUAGAAAUAUUUCGGCGGCCUGCACAGCAGCAACGAGGCAAUGUUGCCACCCACACAACACCCUCCACCAGCCACCAGACACCCGUUCACGUUCACUCCCAAGCCUCCGAUACACCAUCACACCACCAAAAUGGUCCGCAAUUGCAACGACUGUCGUCUGGCACCCAAUUGGCCGGCACAAGAUCCUCCAUUGCCUGUUCUAACGCAUCAAUUUCCGCAGAAACCACCAAGAGACGCCUCCACCUUCCACAAGUUACUUUUAGUAAAGAGUCAAUUUUACCACAAAGUGGUGACGAUCAGAGACGGAGAUACUUGUACCAAUUGAUAAGCAGGGAACAGCAUUUUGUAAACGCUCUGCAAUUCGGGAUGCAGCGAUUUACAUCUCCCCUGAGAGAACGGAAAGACUUAAUUUCACCCAGCGAUCAUCGGACACUAUUUCAGAAUAUCGACGAGCUGCAACGAAUAUCUGAAGAUAUCCUUGAGCAAUUGGUUCAGGACGAUAUGGAGCCCCAAGCAGUGAAUUAUGCCUCACGUGUCUAUAUGUCCAAGACAACGGCAAUUUGUGUAGCCUACAAAAAGUAUUGCAACGGUCUUAAGCGGGCUGACUGCGUCCUAGUCAAUAAGUCACGGCAUGCCAAUUCGGAAUUUGUGAAAUUCAUUACGGAGCCACAAGUGCCACGGAAGCGCCCCGACCUUACAUCCUUCAUCCAUAGACCCCUUCAGCACUUUCGCGAAGUCCUAAAACUUAUACAAGUUACAACAUCACACUGUCGUCUUGACACCGAGGAGUACCGAAACUUUUCUCAAGUUGUCCUAGAGCUGCAGGCAGCAUACCGAGAGAUUACCGUUGGUGGUGGUCUUAUGGAGCCACUAGGCGAAGGAAAACCCCUUCUUACUCUUCAAGAUUUAGAAUCACGUCUUGUGUUCACACGAUGUAAGCCCUUCGUCUUGGCAUCACCAGGUCGUCAGUGGGUUUUUGGUGGUGAUUUAUCUCGCGUAGAAGGUAGAUCCGUAAAGCCAUACUGGACUCUACUCUUCAGUGAUAUUCUCUUGUUUGCAAAAGUUAGCCGAGACAGGGUUCUCUUCAUUACGGAGGAACCCCUACCCCUUGUGAACAUAACAGACUCGUGUUUCAACAUCAGGAAGAAAUCAACGGAAUUUCGGAUAACAAUUGAUCCUCUGGGGAAGACCGCUGAGAGUCCAACUGCUCACUGUACACCAGAUCUGACAAAGACACCAAAGAGGAAUUCACGAAGACGAAGCAUUAUCCUGAGAGCUCCAUCACCCGAACUAAAGGCUGUGUGGCAAAAUCUUCUUCAGAGACAAAUAUUUCUCGUGAAUGCCGCUCUGGGAUCGACACCACUGAGCAGUCCUCUGGAUUCCCCGGAUGUCAUGCAGAGUUUGAUCCCACUGAGUAGCGAUAUUGGAGCUGCUACCACAUCGAUGGCGUCAAUUAAAUUGUCAUCUGUAGAUAGUUUAGCAGUGAAGAGCAGUCAGCAACAGGAACCCGAAAUAACAUCCUUGGACGCCUCGAGGCAACUGGAGGAGUUUAUUGAUGAGAAAUGUCGGCAGAUGAACAAGUCGGGAACACCCCGCGGGGGAGCUUUGCAUUUGGCGCAAUGGAUGAAAGGGCAGCUAGAUCAAGCAAUAAGUAAGCACGAGAGCGAACGCACGGCGCUGCUGAGUCAAUCCGAGCCAACUGAAUCCGAGCCAGAGGACGAAACCAUCGAAGAGUGGACAUCGGAGCAAGUUCGAAAACGCUCCAGGGAAUUGCAAUUGAUUGACCCCACUGGUCGGUGUCACGUGUCCAAAAUUGAUAACAAUGCAUUGAGAUCGAAAGAUAGCAUAAAUGGUGGUGCUACACGGGUGGAUGACCUUUCGGGAGCGAGUGAAGUUGAGGAUGAGAGCAAAAGUGCAUCCCGGAGUACAACUUCUGAUAGUCAGAUAACUGUCCGUUCUAGUCCCAUAACUCACGCCACCGACACCUUGUCCGUGUGCCGACAGUGCCACAAAAAUUGUUCAAAAAGUAAACUUUCACAAUCAUCAGCUUCAACGAAUUCCCUAAAAGUCCAGCACACGCAACGAAAUGCAACAAAUACCCGGUGCUGUCAGGCCAGUACAACCGCCAGCAGUAUUAUAAGCUGUACAUCCUCAUCCGCUUCAACGACAACCCUCACCACGGGUGAAGUUGAAUUACGUACAACGGCCAUACGGAAGACCCACCAAAAUCCCCUGCCAAAUGGUCUUCCCAAAAAGCACAUAAUGUGCAACUGCAAGUGCACACCGCAAGACUUUCACGGUACCACCAUUAGCCCAGACGAAGUGACUCAGGAAACAUGCAAAAUAUUCGAUGGCGUGCACGAAAUCAAGAAGGUUGAUCAAUUGAAUCACAUUGGUGGCCCCAUUAACCACGCUGGGCCCCAAGGAAAAUGCAAAUGUGCAUGCACGGAGGUGGCACAGAAGGAUAGUAGUACCGACGACUGGUCCCUUAUGCUAAUUGGAUUAUCUCAAAUAAAUCCAACUUCCACGGUAGCGCACACGGAUCCUUUUGAAGCUGUACCCAGCAUCUCCGUUGUACCACCCACCCCAGAUGGAGGAGCCAAUUCAAGUCGAACAACCACGCAAACGUGGGAUGGUGCAAAAGGUAGCAGUAGCAAAAUCACCAAAAGCGGCUCCAAGGACGAUGAAAAUUCACCCGAAGAUGAAUCGCUUCAGGAUGAACCACCCUACAAGGUGCUUAGUACGAGCUUAAGACGCUACGGUACCCUCUCGAGUCUCGAGAAACUUCCAAGUGAGGACGCUGAGACGUACAAUUCAUCAGACGAAGAGGCAGCUGAUGAUGAGGACAUUAAAAUUGUCACGAAGGAGGUGUAUGACCCCAAUUGUGGAUAUAAUCCAUCACUUAGGAAUUGGACAGCACGCGCCGGAUCCUACAUGGCGGAGAAGAUAUCCUUCUUCGAGGAAUCUCGUGCAUUCUUUGACAAAUACUUAGGUCGUUGGGAUCGGGAGGUGGAAGAGAAGCUUGCAAAUGCUGGUACGGACGAAGACAUUAUGGAUGAAUGCACAUCAGGAGCUACUUCCGGGGAAGAUGUUUGGGGAACACCAACAAGUGGGGGUGAAAAUGAUGAGAUUCAAAUGUUCAAUUCAGAUCAUACUCAAGAUUCACCAACAAGGUCAUCCUCAUCCUUUACCGGAGACGACGACACAGAGCUUAUGAUGGAUGAACUACUUAUGGCCCCACCUAUGACAGCAAGUGCAGUGAGAGGACUUCUACCACGGAGAAGAUUAGAACCGUUAUUUGAAGAGGAUACCGAGAGUGGUGAAUCUGAAGAGGAAAAUUUGCCUCUUGAUGCUCGAACAUCCAUCAACCAGGGGCAAGCGGCGGAAAGAAAUUGGUCAAGAAAUGGGCUCACUUCAAAAGGUUCACCAGAAAGCACAACGUCCGAGACUCUGUCCGAGGCGACGGCGAGCACACCACGGGACAUGGAGUCGACAGUGAUUUCGAUGCCUACAGAGGUGGUGGAGACGGACGCCGGAGUCAAUGCGCAUCACGCAAUGAUGAGGGUGGAGGAAAAAUCUGGGAGCAAUGCUGACAUAUGCUGCACACCAUCUCCAACAGCGAAGGAUGUAAGCGCAUCUGCCGCAAGUACCGAUCAUGCCGAAGGGUCUUCAACUGCUGCAGUACAUGUCGGUCUGAGCCCCCGUUUAGAGAUGCGCUUAGCUCUCAACCAGGACAUUAUGGGGGACGAAGAUCUUAUAAGCUACGACCCUGGUCCCGAUCUCACUACAAUUCUCGGACACGACCUCUCCACAUACCAGCGGCUAACUGGACGGGAACUUCUGACGCGUUCAGCCAACCCCAGAGUAACAAUAGUGAAAGAAGCGGGAAGCAACUCUUACUAUCAACAAAAAAAUUCAAAGAUGGACACUCCAACACCAAAUCGCAAAAAGUCAAGUCCAAGUACAUGGAACAGUUCUGCAUCUGUGGAUCUAGUCGAAGAAAAAAGACUGUCCGACCUAGAGCGCCUAGCGAAACGCGAGAAGAUGUACUGCAUGUCUCAAUUGAAGAGUGGUCAACUGGCAGCUCAAACGGAUCCUUCCCAGACCAACUCCCCGAGCACGACCCCAAGUCGGAGGCCAAGUAAAAUAUUCAGCUUUCUUACACGAAGGAACUCUGAAAAUCACUUGCUCAAGAUAUUCCCAAAGGAAAUGGGAGAUGAUUUGAGUGUAUCAUCGAAAUCAUGUUCACCACGUCGGGAAAACGACAAAGCAUUGGAACGACGAUUUUGGAAGCAAUUGACACGCAGACGUCGUCACUCUGUAUCGGACAUUUCGGCCAAUUAGAGAUGAAGUAAAAGUUACAUAGGUACCCUUAGAAUUGGAUUUGCCAAACCAAAAAACCCAAAACCAAAAAUAAAAAAUGAAAGAAAUGGUGCUGAUGACCACAAGAAUGGAUUUAUGGACGUGACGAUAUGUUUUUUUAUGUAAAAAAAAAAUAAAAGGACGCGGUAAAAAAAUUUAAAAAAUCGAAUGAAAUCACCAAAAAGCAAAAUUUAUAAAAUAAAAAAAAACUUACAUUUAGAACAGAUUUCCACUGUCUGGAACAUUUUAGACAAAUUUAUAGUUAGAUCAAUUUUCAGUCAUAAAAACUCACUCAGAUCAUUCUAAAUUUCAAACAUUUUCUCAUUAAAAACACACAUUUUGAAUUAUACGAUAAAAAUAAAUUACCAAUAGUGUUUUAGUCCACAACUUUAAAUCAAAUAUUAAAUGAGAGACAAUUUGCUAAUAGUUAGACGAGUUUUUCGAGAGACAAUUUCACUAAAAAAAAUCUUGACCGAUUUUUGAAUAAUCAAUAUAAUAGACAAAGAAAAAUCUAACAGCAUCGAAUAUAAAAAAAAAAGAAAAAUCUAUUGGAAUUCCAUGAAAGUAUAUAAAGAAAAUUGUGAAGAAACAAUUUAAUUGUUCUUUUCUUAGGCCUAUUAUAUAAAUGCAUCAAUUAUACAAAAAUUAAAAAAUCUAUUGAAGAAGUAAAUUAUAGUACUGAACAUGGUUGCAAUAUACAAAAAACUCAUCUCAAAAAUUUCAAAUGAUAUAGCAUAUAAAAAUUAAAAAAAAAAAAAACAAAAUUAGAAGUCUUUGAAGAGUUUAGAUGUGUCCAGAUUAUAUACAAUAUUUUGCCUUAAUUCUAGGUGAUUAAAGUAGAGAAAACGUGUACUUUACUAAUUUAGAAAAUAAAUAACAAAAAAGAAUUGUAAAUAAAUAUUUCUUAGCGACAUAUUGAAUUAACAGCCAAAUUUAUUUAAAAAUACUCAAUAAAAUUUCUCUGAAGAAAUUA